AAUGCCAUCCCAUUUUAGACCCAGAGCAGUUUUCUGCAGCAUCUAUUUCUUCACUGGAUUAUUUCCACCUUUUGGCUGCAGUGAACAUUGGUGUAGAAGUAUCUGUUUGAGUCCCUGCUUUCAGUUUUUUUGGGUAUAUACCUAGGAGUGGAAUUGCUGCAUCAUAUGGUAAUUCUGUGUUUAACUUUUUGAGGAGUAAGUUUAACUUUAUUUUAAUAGUUGUAGUGUGAAAGUAUACACUUGUACUUAUUUGCUCUUCUGUGCUCUGUGAUUUCUUUUGACUUUUGACUAAAAUUCCAACCUAUGAUCGUUAACUAAAAUUAAACAAAGUGUCUAAACAACCAGUUGCCCUUGAGUUGAUUCCAACUCAUGGUGAACCCAUGAGUCUCUUGAGUAUAACGUCUCCAUGGAAUUUUUAGUGGGUGAUUUUUUUGGAAGUAGACUGCCAGGUCUUUCUUCCAAGGUGCCUCUGGGUAGACUCAAACCUCCAACCUUUUGGUUAGUGCAUUAACCGUUUACACCACCCAGAGACUCCAAAUGAAGAAUCUAGAUGAGGUUAAAUUAUAAAAGGAAACGGCUAUUUGUAAGGCAACUAUUAUUUUAGUAAAGUUUGUUCAGCUAUAAGUAGUGUUUAAUACUAGCUCAUAUGUGAUUGGUAAAUAGAAAAAUGAUGUCAGUAUAAUGUGGAAGUUGUGUUGGUUCAUAUGCAAUUUUUACUAGGUAAUGAAGAGCAGGAAUGAAAAUAAAACCUUAUGCAGGAAGGAGAAGUGAGAUUGUGAGGUCUUAGAUUAUGUUCAUUUAAAAUUGAUAGAUAAUGACCAAAUGACCCUUCGAAAAGGAUGUAUCAAUUUAUACUUUCAUAAAUAAUGUUUUAGAUUUACUAAUAGCUAGGAGUAUUUAGUUAAACUAAACAUACAGGGUUAGUCGACUGUAAAUGUUUAUUUCUUUAUAAUUGUGUCUGAGCCUAUUUGAGUAUUAUCUAUUAUUAGUAGAUCCAAAAAUCUACUUUCAGAAGCACUGUUUAAUAUUUAAGAACUUAAUAGUUAUUUUCUUAGCUUUUUGGGGUGAGACUUAAGGAUGAAAAUGCUGAUUAAAAUGUUAAGAAUGGAGAGAAAAUCACAACCUGAGUUUCAGAUUAAAACAUUUGUUCUCAUUUUAUGCUUUAGGAUUUGUUUUUCCUUUCCCGUUCCUGUACUUUCAUUGAGAUAUACAUAGUGCACAGCCAUAAAUGUACAACGUAGUGUUUACAAACUGGACAUACCUGGGUAAUCAGCUUCCAGACAAGAUACAGAAAAUUGCUAGAGCAUCCAGAAGACUCCCUCAUGCCCCCUUCCUGUCACUAACUCUCAUAAGGGUAACCAUUAUCCUCAUUUAUAAUGUUUUGCCUGUAUUUGAACUUUAAAUAAAUGGAAUCAUAUUGUGUAUUCUUGUGAUUGACUUCUUUCCUCAAUAUUAUUUGUGAGAUUCAUCCAUAUUUUUUGCAGGAGGUUUUAUAUCAUUUAUGCUCAUUGCUGGAUAGUAUUACGUUGUAUGAGUAUCCACACUUCAUUUAACCUAUUCUGCUGUUGAUAGGGAUUUGGGUAGUUUCCAGUUUGUUUGUUUUUUCCAGCUUUUGACUGUUAGAAGUAUUGCUACUGUCAGUAAUUUUGCACAUGUCCUAAGGAGAACAUAUUUACACAUUUCUGUUGGGUACAUACCUCAGGAAUGGAUUUGCUAGGUCAUAUGGUCGGCAUAUCCCUAGCUUUAGCAAUACUGCCGGUUUCUUUUUUUCCCCAAAGUGGUUAUACCAAUUUGCACUGUCACUAACAGUCUAUAUGAGAGUUCAGUUACUUCGCAUUCUUGACUUGAUACUUUCAGGUUUAAGCUGUUUUGGUAGGCAUGGUUUUAAUUUGCAUAUUCCUAGUUUCCUGGUGACUUAAUGAUGUAGAACACCUUUUCAUGUUUACUGGCUAUUUGAGUAACCACAUUUGUCAAGUGACUUUUCAAGAGUUUGCCAGUUUUUCUUUUGAGUGACAGUAUUCUUACUGAUUAGUAGGAGUCAUCUACAUAUUGGAGGUACACAUCCUUUGUCGGAUAUCUUUGCAAAUGCUUUUUUCCUAUUCUGUGGGUUGCCUUUUCACUCUCUUAAUGGUAUCUUUUGAUGAACCAGAGGUCUUACUGUAUUACAGUUUAUCAUCUUUUUCCAUUUUGUAUCCUGUUUAAAAAAUAUUUGCUUACUCCAAGAUUUCAGAAGUGUGUAUUCUCUAUAUAUUUCUCUAAAUCCUUGUUGUUUUACCUUUCACAUUUAGAUCUGCAACCCAUCUGGAACUGAUUUUUGUAUAAGGUGUGAGAUAAGGGUCAUGAUUCAUUUUUUCCCUGUAUGGAUAUCCAGUUGACCCAGCAUCUUUUUCCCACUGCACUGCUAUGUCACCUUUGUCAUAAACCAGGUGUGGACCAUGUUUAAGGAUUGCUCCUGCAUUCAGUUCUAUGAGUAAUAAAUAUCCGCAGGCAGUUUUCUUGGAAGUGGAUGUACAUCAGUGUCAAGGAACAGCUGCCACCAACAAUAUAUCAGCAACACCUACAUUUUUGUUUUUUCGAAACAAAGUGAGAAUUGAUCAGUAUCAAGGAGCAGAUGCUGUGGGAUUAGAAGAAAAAAUUAAGCAGCACUUAGAAAAUGACCCUGGAAGCAAUGAGGACACAGAUAUUCCAAAAGGCUACAUGGAUUUAAUGCCUUUUAUUAACAAAGCUGGCUGUGAGUGUCUUAAUGAAAGUGAUGAACAUGGAUUUGACAACUGUUUACGAAAAGACUUGACCUUCUUGGAAUCUGACUGUGAUGAGCAGCUACUUAUUACCGUGGCAUUCAAUCAACCUGUUAAGCUUUAUUCCAUGAAAUUUCAAGGGCCAGAUAAUGGUCAGGGUCCUAAAUAUGUAAAAAUUUUUAUCAAUCUACCCCGAUCUAUGGAUUUUGAGGAGGCAGAAAGAAGUGAACCAACUCAAGCUCUGGAACUAACAGAGGAUGAUAUUAAAGAAGAUGGUAUUGUCCCACUUCGUUAUGUUAAGUUUCAGAAUGUUAACAGUGUAACUAUAUUUGUUCAGUCCAAUCAAGGUGAAGAAGAAACAACAAGAAUUUCAUAUUUUACUUUUAUUGGUACUCCGGUCCAAGCAACAAAUAUGAACGACUUCAAACGAGUAGUUGGCAAAAAAGGAGAAAGUCACUAAGGUACAAAAGACUCUGGAAGACCAUAUUGCAGUCACAUCUACAGCUCCUGGAUAAUUGCUUGAUUCUCGCCAGAGACUGUCAUUGUUUCAUUUAUUGCCAUUACCAAUAAAUCAUUGCUUUGUUCAGGUGGUUUCACUAGUGUUUCUAUUGUAAUCUUGAUACAUGCACUUGUAAAUAAAAGUCACUUCCUUUGCCAAGUUUAA